GCUGGACUUUGUGCGGGAUAGAUGUAUUCAGUUAGAAGAAAGCCGGUUAAAGCUGUCGCAACUGGAGCAGGAGCUCCAGAGGGCUAGGCAGCAGGGAUUAUACGUACGUAGCUCAUCAGACACGAGCUUUCUCGGACCAUCUGGCACUAUGAACACAGGGAUUGCUGCUUUUGAGAUGGAACAUGCCCACUGGUUAGAAGAACAGAACAGGCGAGUUAGUGAGAUUAGAACCGCACUUCAAGCUCAUAUAAGCGACAUAGAGCUCCGUAUGUUGGUGGAUAGCUGCCUGAACCAUUACGGAAAUCUCUUCCGAAUGAAAGCUGAUGCUGCAAAAGCCGAUGUCUUUUACUUGAUAUCGGGUAUGUGGAGAACGUCAACGGAACGCUUCUUUCAGUGGAUUGGAGGCUUCCGCCCGUCUGAACUGUUGAACGUUGUGAUGCCUUAUCUCGAGCCCUUGACAGAUCAGCAAAUCUUGGAGGUGCGUAACCUACAACAGUCGUCUCAGCAAGCGGAGGAUGCCCUCUCUCAAGGCAUUGAUAAGCUUCAGCAGGGUUUGGCUGAAAGCAUAGUUCUUGAACCGGCUGAUUCUGCAAAUUAUGGAGCUCAUAUGGCUGCAGCCAUGGAAAGUCUUCAAGGUUUAGAAGGUUUCGUGAAUCAGGUAAAACCCUAAAAGCAUCAUAUUCUUCAUAACCAGAAGAGAAAACACGAAGACAUGUAUGUUUUCUGUGUCUC